CAUUAAUAACUGUUUUGCAUUCCUUAGAUAGGUGAAGUGACUAAUGGGCAAGCCAUUUUUCUAGUUAUUUUCACUCGUUUGCUGUUUCUCGUUUGGGGUGGUGGUGUUGGGGAGGAAGCCAAGUAAUCGAAAUAGGAAACGGGUAUUUAUUUUUCUGCUUUUCGUCGAGGCGUGUAAGUGUAGUUCCCGUCGGUCCAGCACGGCCGUUCAUUUCAUUCAAGAUUUUUCGUUAACGACAAGAAGGGGGGUGAAGAAGAACGUGCAUUCAAACGACCUUCCAUUGCGGUUUUUCUCCAAAAAACAAAAUGCUGUCGGAAUUUCUUUCCUCGUCAUCGUACGUUAGCUUUCAGGCUGGAUGCAACCCGACAAACAUUAUACGGGAGUGUGUAGCAAUACGCGGAUAUGCCCACGCACGGAUUCUAUCGCCACCGUUUUUAUUUUCUCAGGAACAAAAAAAAAGAAGGAACCCAAUAUUCACGGCUGGCUUGUGUUGUUGUUGUUGUCGGUCCCCUAUCCCAGCGGUACAACUCUAUGGUAGCGGACUACUUUUGCUAUUUUUCGUAAAAAGUGUUGACUCUCCAACGGUCGCGUGCCACUAUACCGUCGUGAUGUGUUGCAGCAGCAGCUCUCCUGUUCAUCAGAUAAAAGCGACUAUAGUACAAGGGGUGGUAUAGAGCAACAGCUGCCGUGAUGUGUCUCUAGGCCCCUUUUGAUUCGUAAUGCAUCUGCCACCCUCGUAGUCGAGUUGAGGGUGGGGGGGAAAUUGUAUAAUAAGAGCAGAGAAGAAGAAGAACGACCGUUGGGGAAUUUUACCCAGAGGGGAAGUUUGCACUGGUGUCAGACUGUGUGGACGAUAUUUGAGACUAUUUUCUUCUUCUUCUUUUAUUAUUUAGAAAAGAAGAAAAGAAACGUGCGCACACUUUUACUUUUUUCCCCCAUUUUUCUCCCUCGAUUGACACUGGGGAGUCACCGCGUGUCGUUUGAAAAUCGAGACGGGAUGAUGAUGUCACCGAUCGAUUUUUCCGGUCGUGUGUCUAUGUGUACCGGGGGGGAUUGACAUGACGAGAUACACAAACCGUCAAAAAGCCCGUUCGUGAUGAUGUAAGGUUUCCCAGUUAGGAGUCGAUCGAUAAGCCCUUUUGUUACCCUCCGUCCGGCUUAUGUCUCCAAGAUUUAAUUGCCGUAUUGAUUGAUUCAUUUUAUCUUUAUGAGAUGAAAAAAGAGUCGAGUGGCAAACAGCGCCAUUUCCUCUUCUCGUAUGGCCUCUUGACCUCAUCCGCCCACUUUUUUGGAAACGUUUGACGUUUUCGAGUGAAACACACAGCUGUUGUGUGUGUGUGUAUAACAGUCAUCCGUAGGCAGGAUGAGAAAAAAAGGAAAAGUAUAACGAGUAAAAAUGUCUGCCACUUUUAAAAGGACGGCCAUAAAGGUCACAUUUCAAUGUCGAAAUGUGAAGCACAUUUCCUGCGAAAAAGAAACCACUUUCUUCUUCAUCUUGAAGUUGUGUGGCAACAACAUCUUUUUCCCAGGCACCAAAUUCCCAGUGGUCAAAUCAUGUUUUUGCUUCUUUUAUUUUCUCAGAAACAGGAUCUUACUCUGGAGACGGUUGUGUCACGACGAUAUUCAUUUAAGUUUAAUACUAAUUUUGGAGUUGUUUGUUCUUUGGCAUCAGGAAUUAUCGACCGUCAAAUAUUGACGCAGAGUUUUGUUACUGAUACCGGGAAAGUUUGCUAGAUACGAUAGUAGUAGUGCUCUGGAAUCAUUCAAUAUUGACAACUAUGGCGUCUGACGUCUGAACUUGGAUGUUUGUGGACGUGACCCAGAUAACGCGCAGGUUUUACAAAAGAAAAACGUGCGACAGAAGGAAACCUGUUGGAUCACUUGAACGGCUAGUUUAUUUCUAUGCGAUAAUGUCAGUUGGAGGAAGACGGAUGGAUUACUAGUUUAGUGGGAGAAAAAAGGAAUUGUUUACCGGAAAGUUGUUGACAUUUUUUUGAAAAUUUUUGACAGUUGCGAAAAAGAUUGAACGAGUUGGUAAUUUGACCGCUAGAUGGCGGCGGCGCAUUGUUUUUGUUCGUAAAAGACGGGGGAGGAGAUGGAAAGGUGGAAAAAUGUUCCAUUCCGGUCUGAAAAUGUUGUUUUUUUUUCUUUCUUCUUCAUUUGAUGUUUGCCUUGGAUAGUUGGUGGGGUUCUGGUUGGCAGCUCAUGCAAGACAUUUCCCCCUUUCAAAACAAGUAAAAAAAAAAAAAACAGUCUCUGGUUUAGUUGGCUGCUGAGUGCUUCCCCUACCGCACUCACCGCCAGUUGGGUGUAUUUUUGACUCCCGUCCGUUUUUCAGUACCUGUACCGAAAUUGUGACUCUGACCAACGUGUGGUGUCGUGUGUUUGUUGUUGUGUCAUUAGAGGAACCAUAAAAACACGCCCAUAGUGUUUUUUUUAUCAGACUGGGCAGAAUUCUUUCGUUCCAUUUUUCUUUUCCCGUCCGCGAUUUCCUGCUGACAUUCAAAAUUCCGAUGGCUAAUCGACUUUUGACACUUUGCGUUGGAGUUUAUCCAAUCGACCAGCUUUAAUCCCCUUACUAUUACCACCAUCCGAGUGUUGUGUGUCACCUGGCGGCCGCCAUUGUCUUCAUCAUGAUUUCAAAUGAUGCUGCCAUUUCUGUAGCGGCUCUUCGAUCAUCGGAUGGUGCCAUUCUAGAUCCGGAUGACCGACUGGCCGAUGUCGUCGACGAUCGGGAACAGUUGGCCGCUUGCCUUUCCAAUGGUGGCGGCGGUGGUGGUGGCAGCGGAUCUGAAUUGGACGAGCCUUCCCUGGGUGUCCCCUUGGUGCUCGGCCCGCGGAUCGGAUUGAUGAAUCUGCGAGGUGACGGCACUUCGGCCAGUUCCAACUCCGGUUCACCUUCGCCGACCGAUUUCGGUCUCCAUCACCACGGCUACGGCGUCGUCGGCAGCAGUCAUCCAGCCAGUCGAAAGGACAUUGAGGUCACAGGCCAAGAAGCGGCCACGGGUCUCAUGGUCGAUCACCUACACCUGCAGGUCAGACGCGGAUCAGAGCCGGCUCUCAAUCGCAUCAGUCCCGACGCUCCGUCUACCGCGCCAAACACCACAGGCUCCUCAUCUUCUUCAGCCUCCACCGGCCAUCACCUCCACCACCACGCAGACAUGCCACCUACCACCUCCAACAGCAGAGACUACAAGAGGUGGUCGGCAGCCCCCAUUGUGGAUCCCACAUCGGAUUCCGACUGCGAGGAACGUGACUUGGAAGUCGUACGACGCCACCCGUCCGGCCCGCGGUUCGCUCGAUCCGGCGCUCGCGUCUCGAUGCAAAUUUUUGGCGGAGGCGUUGGCAGCGCCGCCAACGGCGGAAGCCAUAACAAUGCUGGAUAUCGGUGGGCUGAAGCGGCCGACAAUGCCUUACUUUCCGCCGCAACGGCUCCGACGGGGGUGGCUACGCCGACCGCAACUACUCCGCCCGAUUAUGAGGAGACGAUGCACCGGAGGACCCGCAGCCUCAGACGGGAACCGGUGGGCGCCACCAGUGAAUCGAUUCCGCUCAGCGACGGCCAUCACCACCUCUACCAGCCGCACCACCUUAACAACAGCAGCAGCAACAACAACAUGCAGUCCCAAUUGGCAACAACUCAACUGGUGGUGUUGCCUAAUGAAGGCGGCCAACCGCUGGGCAUCCACGUCGUUCCCGAUUACUCGCCCCUGGGUAACGAAUUGGGCCUAUUGGUGCAGGGCGUCGAGCCCGGCGGCCGGAUUUACCGGGACGGACGCAUCGCCGUUCACGACCGCAUCGUCGAGAUCAAUUCGCAUCCGCUCAAGGACGUGCCUUUCCACCGAGCUCAGGAGCUCUUCCGCAACGCCCUCCAGAGUCGUGACCUUCGUUUGCGGAUAGUCAAAUCGAACGGAGAAGUGAAUCGCGGCCCGGCGUCGGAUCAGUUGGAUGAAAUGACGCAACAACAACAGCAACAGCCGCAACUAAUACAGACUCAACAACAACAGGCGCCCCCUUCCCGUGUAGCCGCCGUGUCGCCAACUCGCAAGACACCGGCCGUCGUCCCUGGAACGGGCCGAGCCAGCAACGCCCUCAUGACUGUCAGCACGAGGAAAAUCGGCAAAAAACUGGAUUUGGAGCUGACGAAAGGCCAUGAAGGACUCGGCUUUAGUGUCACGACGCGUGACAAUCCGGCUGGAGGGCUUUGCCCCAUUUACAUCAAGAAUAUCUUACCCAGAGGUGCCGCGAUUGAGGAUGGCCGACUGCGCUCCGGUGAUCGACUUUUGGAGGUCAACGGCGUGGAAAUGACGGGCAAGACUCAGAGCGAGGUGGUUAGCCUUUUGCGCAACAUUCCCAGCGGUGGUGUCGCCCGUCUCCUAAUUUCCCGACAGGAAACGGAAGAAGAAAUCCAACAGUCGAACCAAUUGCAAAAUCAACAAAUUCAAUCGUCUCAGCUUCAAUCGUCGACUCAAACUCAGCAGACGAGUCCCAAAUUGCCCCGGCAGAUGAAAUCCAUCAGCAGGGCCAGCGAAGAGAGUCUGCUGCUCCUGCCCUGGAAGCAGCGCGAGAUCCUCACACUCGACAUUCCCGUCCACGACACGGAAAAGGCCGGCCUCGGCAUUUCAGUCAAAGGCAAGACGACGUCGUCAUCGGGAAAUGGCACCAGCGACCUGGGCAUCUUCAUCAAGUCGGUCCUGCACGGAGGAGCCGCUUCCAGGGACGGCCGGCUCUGCACCAACGACCAGCUCCUUCACGUCAACGGCGUCUCUCUGCAGGGGCGAUCCAACACGGAAGCGAUGGAAGGAUUGAGGCGAGCCGUCCACCAGGAGGGUCCUAAGCCCGGGCACAUCACCCUGACGGUUGCCCGCAAAAUGCACGCGCUCAAGGAUCGUGAAGUGACGCUGGAAGGGCAGUCGCAGGACGACACGGUGAACGGAACGGUUCGACUGGGCGGCAACGGGGGCGACAGCUCCGGCAGUUACGAUCAUUCCGGAGGCAGUAGCGACCAAUCCGGUUCCACCGUCAUUUUUGUCAGCGGAAGUGGAUCAGACAGUCGUGAGAGAAAUCUCAUGAAAGACAAUCGACUCUCCGGAAUCUCCUCUGAUCUCCGCAACGAGAGUUACUACCGGGCCACGCACGAAACGUGGAACACGACACAGUUGCAGGAAACUUUGAUGAGUUCGUCGAAAUCGAACGGUGGGCACCAGACGAGCGUAGUGCAGCAGGGUCCAGGGCGGAAGCAGCAUUCGCAAAACAGCCCAACGGUCCAUUUGACGCCGGGCGAGGUGGUUUCGAUCGACGGUGAUUACCUGCCGCAGUCGAGGCCACGCCCACCCUCUAUGAUGAUGAUGUCGACGUCCAACGGUUCCUCAGUGGCCUCUACACCGGAUACGACCAUGAACUUGCCUUGGCAGCAGCAACAACAACAUUCCAAUAAUAACAUUCGUGGUCCCGGUGGUCAACGCUCUGGACCAACGGAUGGACGCGACCGACCGUGGCCCAAUGCCGAGCAGCCACAACCGCCCCAGAGUCCCCUGUCGGAAACAUCCAUGCGAUCCGAUGGACGUCCCAGCGAUUCGGAAGCGCCCACCUACACCAGCCAGACUUCUUUGGACACGGACCCGAACGCUCCCGGCUUUUCUCGCGACCAGUUUGGUCGUCAGAGCAUGUCGGAAAAACGGCACGCCUCGCUGGACGCCAAGAACACGGACACUUAUCAAAGGAAUAAGAAACUCAGGGAGGAAAGAGAACGUCAGAAACAGACCCAGCCCGAAAGCGAACAGCAACAACAACAACAACAACCGCAAACAUCCGCAGUGAAAGAGAACAUGCCUCCAUCAGGUCGGGUGAUCCGUCGCGCUGUCAAGCGUCGUCACGCCCAUCCUUUGGUUUCGCGUCUGGAGAAGGAUUACCUCAGCUCACCCACCUAUCACCGAUCCAGUCCCAAUCUUUAUCAACCCAACGAUGUUGUUGGGGGUGUUGGUGGUGUGGCUACAGCGAAUCGCCGGGGGGUUGCGGGCACGGUUGAUCGGGGUAGUCGCCUCUCUGUGGCCCCAUCCAUGAUGAUGAUGAUGACGGAUCAUUAUCAUCAGCAUCAACGUUCUCGUGUCUCUUCGGUGGAAUCCCUUCCCCUAAUCGCUCCGUCACCUGUCCUAUCCCUUCAACAAGGCCAAAGACGGCCGCCGCUGCUACCUCCAUACAAGUCGCAGGAGAAUAGCCGGCCGCUUUUCGUCCGUCCGGUUGACCCGCCUUCAAGAAACUCUUCAAGGGACAUCGGCCCGACUUUGGGGUUGAAGAAAUCGUCGAGUUUGGAGUCGCUCCAGACGGUCGUCCAGGAGAUCCAGAUGCAGGAGGAGGAGCCUCAAAUCGGUUGCUACGGCUAUCACCGGCCGACGGCCAUCCGGGUGGUUCGAGGACGCGGCUGCAAUGAAAGUUUCCGAGCGGCUGUCGAUCGCAGCUACGACGAGUCGGGCCAGCCAACUGACGGCACCAACAAAGAGCCCAUGGAGACACUGGACGAAGCGUUGGAAGUUGAGGUGAAUGAAAUGAUGCCACCGCCACGCUCUCCAUCGGACAUCGGAAUUCCCAUGUUGAACAACAAGAACGAGACGCGCAAGAGCAAAAAGAAGAACGCCAACGCGGCCGGACUCCUUUUGAAAGGCCUGGGCUCCAUGUUCCGCUUCGGCAAGCACCGCAAAUCCGCACCAGCCAGUCCAGAAUCCGGUCAUCAGUCAUCCGGAUCGGAUCCGACAGUUUCGGGUCAUCAUUCCAUGGCCGGCGGCCACAUGAUUAUGCCUUCGUCCGGAAACCAAUCUCACCAUCACCACCAGAGCGAGCGGAGAUCUUCUUCCGGUCAUUCCGGAAGCAUCGGCAGGUCGUCUGCCGUGAGCGAAGUGGACCGCCAUCACGUCCUCAGACGAACUCUUCCGCCCGAUGAACGUGACCGUGCAGAGCUCGGACGCCAAAUGGCCAUCGCCGUCGCUCGCCAGGCCGCCCAAGAUGAACAGAAGAGAAUACAACAUCAUUAUUUACGGUUGAUGGAUCAGCAACAACGCCAGGCCGCCGCCGCUCACGAUCACCAGCAGAAGCAACAACAGCAGCAGCAACAACAGCAACAAGGGAAUUCAGCAACAACUGGUGACCGCUCGCAGAGGCUGCAUCAGCUGCGCGCCCAGCACCAAAAACGGCACGCCGAACAACAAAGACAGUCGACUCACACGCCGACGGAACAGUUCGAGUCAAAUAAUAAGAAUGUGCCGGAAAUCAUACACGGACGCUCGGCCAGUUACGACCCUUACAACGACGUGAGGAAACCCCGUAGCCGGGCAGCUGUCGGCGAACCCAAUACUCUUAUGCCCAUUCCGGCCGUGCCUUCCUCCACGUCCAACUACAACAACAAUUACGACGAAUUUCAACUCAAAAAUGGCAAUUUGAACCCGGUUCAGAUUCGUGAAAUGCAGGAAUUGGUCCGUCAUCAAAGACUCAAAGUUGAACAGGGACAAGUCAUUCGGCGUCAGCAGCACUAUCACUCGCAGCGAUCGGCUCGCGAGACGCGGAUGAGCCCACCGGGUGGAAAUGGUUGGUCGGGUGCCGAUCGGCCCGUCUCCAACUAUUUCGAGUAUGAAAGUCUUCACAUUGCUGGUCACAAGGUCGCAUUGAGCGGACCACCUUACAAACCUCAGCAACAACAACAAUCGGGAAAUCGUCGCCCACCCACCGUGCAGGGCGAUGAUACAACAUUUUUCCGGCGCCCUGAUAGAAACAGCACUGGUCAUGAAUACGGAAGCAAUCAAGGACGGGCAUCUCAACGGGAAUCGGUUUAUGGUGCAUCCACCUACGGAAGCGGCAGCCAAAAUAACCCCAGCAGACCGGCUCCUUUGACAGGAUCUAAAGUCUGAGCAGCAACGACGGCAGCAGUUAACAUUCAGCUAAUUAUAUAGGGACAAUAGGUAUCUGUGUUAAUAUCAAACUCAAAAAAAAAUGAAACUAUCAAGUACUUUGAAAACGAAUGCAUGUGCAGUCCAUUGGUCAGAUUUUCUUUGAAAUAUUUUCAAAGGAAAAAAGUCCAUUUUCAUUUUCAUUUUUUUGCUCGAUCAAAAAAACUGUUGAAUUGUAAAUAACUUAAGAAACUGUUUAUUUUUUCAACACAAACCCAACGCGGAAAUCUUCAAAGUCUGUCCCCAUCAACCAAUCUAUUUUUAAAUAUUCCAAUCCCUCUUUUUACAUAUUAAAACACAAAUUAAGCUGAAAAGUAAUUGAGCGAAUCGUGUGUUGUACAUAUCGCGGAACCGUCCAUGAAAGAAAGAAGAAAAGAGUAUUAUUUUCUUUUUUUAAAAUUAUAAAUAGUCCCAGUCGUCAAUUGAAUAUUCUCGCACUAAAAAACAAAAUUGAAAACUUGACGACUUACGGGCCAAAUGUUUGUUUUUGAAUGAAGAAGAGUUAUAAUUCACAAUUUGACGCUAAUAUUUGCGCAGGUUGGCUCUUGAAAACUGUUUCAAAUCGUGUGUCUUCAUCUGUCACUUUCUAUUUGUUUUUAUACAUUCCCCCCCAUUUGCCAUAUCAAAUCAAGUGUCUAUUAUUCCUCCUCUCUCAUUUGUAAUAAUAAUUUCUUUUAUA